CGACAUUCGAACAAUUGACGACACGCCCGAUUCACGCCCACCUCCUCCACCGCACGAAUCUAGAGAACGGCCGCCCAGUAUGGCUACUCAAAGCGUGCAAUGCUUCGGAAAGAAGAAGACCGCGACUGCCGUCGCCCACUGCAAGGCCGGUAAAGGACUCAUCAAAGUUAACGGAAAGCCCAUCUCGCUGGUCCAGCCUGAGAUCCUGCGCUUCAAAGUCUAUGAGCCCGUCCUGAUUCUUGGCGUUGACAAGUUCGCCGACGUCGACAUCCGAGUUCGCGUCUCUGGCGGUGGUCACACAUCGCAGAUCUAUGCCAUCCGCCAAGCCAUCGCCAAAUCCAUCAUCGCUUACUACCAGAAAUACGUUGACGAGCACUCCAAGAACCAGCUCAAGCAAGCCCUUGUCCAGUACGACCGAACCCUCCUCGUGGCCGACAACAGGCGGUGCGAGCCCAAGAAAUUCGGCGGUCCCGGUGCGCGUGCGAGGUACCAAAAGUCCUACCGUUAAGCGAGGCGAUGGACGGGGGAUGGUGGAGUGGGGACGGCAUGGAUGGAAUGGUGGUGUUUAUCGCGGGCUUUUACAUGGUCUGGGUCUUCUCCUUUCGACGGUCUGUGACAUGGUGCUCCGCUGGAUUUGGCGCGCAGCCUGAAUGGACUCGGUGAAUUGUGACGAUAAAAACGAAAUAUAUCGGGUGCAAGACACAAUGGAUGUAUGCAGCAUCUCUAGUGAUGUACUUUGGGCAAUGUCGUGAUGUUGGAAAAGGUGCAACAUCCGUUAUCAUUGUAGUCUGUACACGAAUGAACCUCACUCCAUCGCUUG